AUGGCUUCGGAAUACGCUCAUUACCAGCCAACCACUCCGCCGGGGAUCCCUCUUGAAGAGUACAUCGGAUCAACAUACUGUUUCAACACGUCCAAUUCGUCCAUCUAUUCUGGCGAGUCUUCGCCUUGGUCUACAAUGACGGGCAACACGAGCCCAACCACUUCGCCAACUAGGCACCAUCACGGUCCAGCUCUUCUACCCAAAAUUCGUCCUCAAGAUGUCGUGAUUGAGCCUGUAUCUUCCGGUGGGCCACAGCGGCAUCGCCGAGUCUUAUCCAACACCCGGAACCCACCUGGUUUUGUUCCUUAUCCAAGCCGGCCACCUGUUCAGCGAAAUGGUAUUGACGGUACAGGCCGACUGGCCCUAGCUUCUCCCAUCUCGCCAAUUAUCACUACCGGAAAUGGUAGCUCCUCUGCCUUAUCAUCCCCAGUGACUGUCACCCCAAAAAGCAAGCGCAAGCCUUCUGGGGGACACUCACGCUCAGUGUCAACCUCCUGUAUUGACGAAGCUACUCUGAAUCGUUAUGGAUAUCCCACCUAUCGACAGCUGCCGAAGUAUGUUAUUGCGCAGACACAACCGACCACUCCAGCAACACCUGUGACACCUGUGACCCCAACUAUUAUGGUCUAUCCAUCUUAUCCCCAAGGAUCAACAGUUGAAGUGCCUCGAAUUGGCCCUGUGCGUCCUCACAAUCCAUUGACAAUUCCUACACCGCAAUACAGCUAUCCUCGGACACAUGGAGCCCAGCCAUCACCAGCGCCCAUUCUUAGCCCUAAAGAAGAUUUGACCUCAUUAUCCACCAAUCUUCUCUCAUAUCUGAGCUCGCCCACCCAGGCAAUCAACCUUGUCCGCAAUGUUAGCGUUGUUCCCACCCGUGGCUUACACGACUAUUUCUGGUGGGAUAUUCGCAACCUUCGCAGCUGGAACUCUUUCUCCCUCGGUACUUUCGACUCAAUUCGUGGACUCACUCAGCUCUUGAAGACGGAGAUUCCUGGUAACCUUGCUCCUCCAGUUGCAGUGAGCCCCCAACGCUUGGGGCCGGAGUCGGAGCCCGGACUGGUUGGUCUAAUUCGAGACCUUUAUGCACCCCGGAUCAACGCUGCGCUUGCUGUUUCCCAGGGCCCAGAGCACCUUCAGCUCUACACAGCCCCCGACAUGCGUUACACUGGCCACAAAAACCACGGCCACCCACACUUCCUGGCCAACUACGCCACGGACUCGGAGCACACAGCCUCCGGUCAGCCACGCGGUCGUCUGGUGGGGAUUGUAAAGAGCUUCGACCGAUGGAAUUCCGGUAUGCGCAACGAAGCGCCGCACCGGCGCGUCGAGUACCUAAACGGACUGGCGCACUUGCAACGCUGCAUGCGCGAACAUUCCUGCCGAUAUGGCUUCAUUAUCACCGAAAUCGAGCUCGUCUGCGUUCGUGCCGGCUGCGACGAAGGCGAUGAUGUCCCCUACUUCGGAUUUCUAGAAGUUGCAGCCCCGAUCCCUCUCAAGACCGCCUGUAACCACUCACAAAGCGCACGCGAGGCACCGCCUCUAGCAACCCCCAUCAGUGCGCGAUCGUUCUCUUCAUCAUCACAUGGAUCAUCCUCCUACUCCAGCCAGAAUUCUCCCGUCCACGACCCAGAGGUGUCGGAGGAUGGUCUUUCCGGCCCUAUGACAGCCAGCUUAGCACUUUAUUUCCUGCUAAUGCUGUCGAAGUCUGUCCCGCUUCCUUCUCAACCAUCCGCCCACCUCAACGUCGGCGGACCUGGUGCUCUCACGCGGCAGCGUAUCCUGCCCGAUGCAAAGGAUAAAUGGAUCCCAGAACCACAGAUCGGUGAGCGCCGCGAUGCUAAACGCGUACGUGGGUGGGUCUGGCCUCAGGAUGCUUGGCAUCGCCGUGAAGGUGGUGGUGUUCAUCGUUCGAGGAUUUCAGAUGAAAAGAAGAGGUAA